AUGAACAUCCGCAAAGCCCGGCCGGAAGACCUGAUGAACGUGCAGCACUGCAACCUCCUCUGCCUUCCUGAGAACUACCAGAUGAAAUACUAUUUCUACCACGGCCUCUCCUGGCCCCAGCUUUCCUACAUUGCCGAGGACGAGGAUGGCAAGAUUGUGGGGUAUGUUCUGGCCAAAAUGGAGGAGGACCCAGAUGAUGUGUCCCACGGGCAUAUCACCUCACUGGCGGUGAAACGUUCGCACCGGCGCCUCGGCCUGGCCCAGAAGCUGAUGGAUCAGGCCUCCAGGGCCAUGAUCGAGAACUUCAGUGCCAAGUAUGUGUCCCUGCAUGUCCGGAAGAGUAACCGGGCCGCCCUACACCUCUACUCAAACACCCUCAAUUUUCAGCUCAGUGAGGUGGAACCCAAAUACUAUGCAGAUGGGGAAGAUGCUUUCGCUAUGAAACGAGAUCUGUCGCAAAUGGCAGAUGAGCUGAGGCGGCAGCUGGAGCUGAAGAAAGGCCAGAGCGUGGUGCUGGGCUGCAGGGACAGUGACGUGAUGACCAAGGGCCACGCACAGCCAGGUUCCAAAGUGGGAUGUCAGGAGAAGGACCCAGUGGCCGUGGGUAGUGAGAGUGACAGCAAGGAAAUCAGCGAGGACCCGGAGAGCCCCGAAGGCCAGGAUCGCUCAGAAGACUCGAAUUCCACUGCCUAGAGCUUGCUUGAGCAGCAUUGUAGGUCCUCCCCGUCUCAGCCACAUCGGCCUUUGAAC